AUGGCGCCCAAGGCGGCUCGAACUGUUUUCGAGGAGGUCUCGUGGAAGAUCCCUGACAAAACUUUCAUCAUUGACAAUGGCGCAUACACCAUGAAGGCCGGUUACGCGUCUGUGGACUGUAACGUCAUUCCGAAUGCAAUUGUGAAGACUCGCGAUAACGACAUCGUGGUUGGCUCUGAGCUUUCCACUGUACUCAAUUGGAACGAGGCUGUGUUCCGUCGUCCAAUGGAGAAGGGAUUCAUCACGAGCUGGGAGACACAGAGAGAAAUUUGGGAUCGUUCUUUCUUUGACGCCAAGGCCGACGCCGAGGUAAAGAUUGAAGACGCACGAGACACCACGCUCAUCCUCACUGAAGCUCCUAAUGCUAUGCCUGUCCUGCAGCGCAACACCGAUGAGAUGGUCAUGGAAGAGUGGGGCUUUGGGGGAUACAUGAAGGCCAUAGGACCGACAUUCAAUGCGUGGAAUGAGAUCCAAUCUCUCUUCGGUGACCCACUCGCGCAAUCCCAGGAGAUUAAGCCUGCGGACUGUGUUCUGGUGGUUGAUUCUUCGUUCUCCCACACAACCGUGACCCCAGUCUACAGAGGCAAUCCUAUGCAGCGUGGAAUCCGCCGCCUUGACUUUGGAGGCAAGCAGAUCACCAGCCUUCUGAAGGAGCUCGUGUCAGAGCGACAAAUCAACAUGAUGGACGAGACCUACAUUAUGAAUGAGAUCAAGGAAUCGGUCUGCUAUGUGAGCAACAACUUCAACAAGGACAUGGAAAGAACCUUGAAGGAAAGGAACUGGGGCCAUCAAGGCAAGGCCGAGGACGGAAUUGUGCUCGAUUAUGUCCUUCCGGACCCCAAUGCCAACAGGCAGGGCUUCACUCGCUACCACGAUCCUGAAAUGCAUAAGAAGAAGAAAAAGGGUGCCCUUUCGGGCCUUAGCGCCGAGACAUUGUCGGAGGACGUCUUGGUCAUGGGCAGCGAGCGUUUCCAUGCUCCUGAACUGCUCUUCACCCCAGGCGAUAUCGGCGUGAGGGAACCCGGUAUUCCUGAGAUGAUCAAGCAGAGCAUUUCGGUCUUCCCCCCUGGCGUGCAAGCCGUUUACUGGGCGAAUAUACUGGUCGUUGGCGGAAAUUCCCUGCUCCGAGGAUUUAUGGAACGACUUGAGACUGAAUUGCGCGCGAUUGCCCCGGACACUUGCGUUUUGCGCCUGCGCCGGGCUCAACACCCUAUUGAAUCCCCUUGGCUCGGCGCUUCGCGUCUCGCUCAAAACCGCGAACACUUAAACCGUGUGACCAUAAGCCGCGAGGAGUACCUUGAGCACGGAUCUGGAUGGGCCGGUCGCCGGUUCAUGGGCCAAGCCUAG